AAGCUGACAGUUGAUGUCCUCAUAAACUUGCCGUAGAGCCUGACAGUCGGACGGGCACGGUCGCGGCCAGGAGGAACAUGGCAAUACUCACAUAUCAAGUCAAGGUCUUUCAUAUACUUCCACGAUCAUGACACACAAAGUAUUUACAAAAUGGCGGUUGUUAAACAGGCGGCAGUUCCUGUGCUGGCUCUCGGUGAUGGGUGUGUCGACGAUACUGUGCCUGUGGAUGAGCCUCGUGAACAACACACUGCAACAUCACCACCCGCAAUCUGUCAAGGUGAAGGACAGGACGAUGACCCAGCCCCGGAAGGUCUUAAUUCUGUCGUACAUGCGCAGUGGAUCAACAUUGACUGCUGACAUUGUGCAGCAACAGCCCGAUGUGUUCUAUGUGUUUGAACCAUUGUUCUCUGUUGAGACAAUCAGGGGAAGAUACCUGGCACCUGUAUAUCUGGACAAGCCGUCACGUCUAUUGUCACUGAAGACAGAGUACUCAAACAAAAUUGACAUCUUGAAGGCAUUUCUCUCGUGUUCCCUCGCGUCCGUGGACCUCCUGACCCUACACCAACACCACAUGGACAAGAGUAAAACCACAGUUCAAUACAACAACUGCAUCCAUAACACAACCAUACGCGAUUUCGAAUCAAAAUGUCUCAACAAAUUGAUUGAAAAGUGUCAAGGAUCACAAAUAUCUUUAAUCAAAACCAUCCGCAUGAAGAUGGAGGCUACUGAGGAGAUCCUCCACCUGAACAAGGACCUGAAGAUAAUCCUCCUGGUCAGAGACCCAAGGGCAACUCUCAUGUCCAGGAUUCGACUCUCGCAACUCAGCUGGAGGAAGGUGAAUGUGGUAGAGCACCACGUCAGAGCAUCCUUCUCUCACUGUGGGAUGGUGCUGAGAGAUGUUAGAGAUGCUGUAAGACUGUCAAAACUUUACCCCGGAAGAGUCGGUAUACUGCUGUACGAAAAAUUGAUCGAGAAUCCCACAUCAAUGACUGAGUUGAUAUAUGACUUUUUAGAUUUACAAUUAACACCAAAUAUAGCCAGUUAUGUACACAACAUCACAGGGGCCGGUUUGCCUGACAGCUGCCCGCUGUGUACAACAAGGAAAAACUCCACAGAAACAGCGAAUAGAUGGAGGCUUGAUCUCAGUCUCGACAGUGUUAUGCAAAUAGAUCAGAAUUGUCUCCCUUUGUAUGAUCAACUGGGUUACCUCCCUUUCAAAACUGCUGCUGACCUUGUUAACACAAAUUUGCCAUCCUGGUUAGAAAAGCCCAUUUCUGGUUUCUUAACGGACCGCGUGUACUACACGGAAACGAGAAACCCAUUCUAGUGAUCCUACUGGCGGAGGGGUCCAAGGAACUACGUGUAUCGGGCGUGUAAGUCUCGCGAGGCGCUACUUCCGGUACUGAGCUAGUUCCCGACUCCCUUUGCGCGCGCCAACUUGCGAUAUGCGAAACGGGGCCCAGCUUACUUCCGUUACCAGAUUUCCGGUGACAAGCGUACAAAUUGCGCGAGCGCCACAUAUGACUCUACUAGACCGGACCAAGAGUACAGCCAUGCUUGGCUGUCACAGCUGUUGACAGUCGUGAUAGUUGGCUAAUUUGGGGAUGGUUAGGUCGGAUUUUUUUUAUUCAUGCAAUGAUUAUCAGCUCCUUACUGUCAACUGACAACCAUGAGACCAUUCGAACAGGUACGAAACGUUAUUUGUCACAGAAAGUACUAUGUCUCGUGAAGUGCCGUGACCUACUUACGGACCCUAUUCCACUGAGUACUCAUCCACCAUUAUCCGGGGUAUUAAAUGACAUCUUCAUCAUCUCCACCAUCUUAAUCAUCUUCAUCAUCUUCAUCAUCUUCACCAUCUUAAUAAUCUUCAUCAUCUUCACCAUCUUAAUCAUCUUCAUCAUCUUCAUCAUCUUCACCAUCUUC